AUGCUGAGAAAUGAAAGUAAAACUGAUGACCGUGAGAUGGCAACAAGUAAAACCACUGCUGAGCUUGUUGAAGAGCUACAAUGUCCAGUCUGUGGGGACAUGUUCAAAUAUCCUGUGACCCUGGAGUGUGGCCACAACCUCUGCAAGGCCUGUAUUGAAGGAAUUUGGGACAGUGAGAAAACACCCUCUUGCCCUACGUGCACAGAACAGGUCCCAGACAGGAUGUUUGCUGCUAACAUACUGCUGGAUAUAACAACAGAGAUGGCAGGAAACUUAAGCCUGAGUGAAAAGGACAAGACAUCAAUCCCAAGCCCUGAACUUUACACUGUAGAAAUGUUAAAGUGUGUUUGCAAGGAACAUGGGGAGGAACUGAAGCUGUUCUGCAAGGUAGAUGAGACUCCUGCUUGUGUUACCUGUCAGGAUUCAUCUAAACAUUCGUCUCACAUCUUCCUUCCAAUGCAAGAGGCAGUCAGCAUGUAUCAGGACAAACUGAAAACUGUAUCAGCUUCUCUGGAACUGAGAGUGAAGGAGCUCAUAGAACUUCAAAGCCAACAACAGCAAAAGAUGCUCGGCAUCUCGCACCAGGCCAGGAACUUAGAAAAACACAUUACAUCAGAAUUUGCCACGAUGAUCCAUUUCCUUCAAGACAGGGAGAAAAUGUUAAUCCAACAACUCAAAGGAGAUGAAACUGAAAUCCUGCAGGAGAUGGAAGAAAACAUGAUGAAACUUGGGGAGGGGAUUAGCCAAAUCCGGAGGAUGAUAUCCGACAUACAGGCACAGGCAGAACAGCAGGAUGCAGUCACUUUUCUAACGACAAUCAAAGAUCUUAUGGAAAAGCAUAAAAGUGUUUCUGCUGAUGAACAAACAACCGAAGAAAAUAAGAGUGAGGAAUCCAAAGUCAUGGAGAUGAAGUAUCGUCUGUCAGACCGUGAUCUGAGCCUCGGCAUGUAUAGUGGUCCCCUGCAGUACAGCAUCUGGAAGGAAAUGAAGUCCAUCUUAAGCCCAUUGCCAGCACCACUGCAUCUAGAUCCAAAAACAGCAUGUACUUUCACAGUACUUUCCAGAGAUCUAAGCAGCAUGCACUUUGGUGAUGAAGAAACGGAGCUUACCAACAACGUUGAGAGGUUUAAUGGUAUACCUGCUGUAAUGGAGCUUACCAACAACACUGAAAGGUUUGAUGGCAUACCUGCUGUCCUUGGCUCAGAGGGGUUCACAGCUGGCCGGUACUACUGGGAAGUCAAUGUUGGCGAUAGCACUGACUGGGCCAUAGGUGUUGUCCAAGCAUCUGUUCAACGGAAGUGGCAUGAACAUGAUUUGCCAUCACCCAAAAAUGGGCUGUGGUUGCUGAUGAGAAGAGAGGUGCUGUUUGUUAAAGACUCCAAAGUUCAUAUUCUAGAGCUGAAGCUCAUAUCUAAGAAGGUAGGCAUUUACCUGGAUUAUGAGGAAGGACAGGUGUCAUUUUAUGAUGCUGAUAACAUGUCCCACCUGCACACAUACCAUGACACCUUCUCUGAGAGACUUUAUCCUUUUAUGCUCAACUGCACAGAAACUCCCCUGAAUAUAUUUCAUUUGCAAUUAUAAAUAAACUCCUACAUUUUCCUAAGGCACUGACUACACUAAUUUGCACCAAUUACAUUAAAAUACAGCAUAGUGUACUGUGGAGUGCAAUGGAGAAAGAUGAUUUAUAGCACUGCAGGUCUGUGGGUUAAUAUUAUUUGCCAAAAAAAGAUUCUCUAAUUUAAUGUACUGUGGGUAAUGGUCUAUAGUACCAAAGAGAUGUGCCUUAAAAAAAAAGUGCCUCAAAAAUGCAUAAUACUUAAAAUGCACAGGUAAACAUCAACAAUGAUGCAGAAACCAUUUUUCUAUAUUAAAAAGGAACAAUGUUGUGGGGCAACAGGAAUUUCUUUCAGUGGAAAAAUGAACCAUAAUUAUUUCAGAUAUUAUACAUACAUACCUUGGCACCUAUUAUAUGUAAAUUAUAAUGCUUCUGAGUGUUGAACUUUGUUAUGAUUCUGCUUACAUUAAUGUUUGCUUUUUUGUAAAACUAGAAAUGACAAUAAAAGUGUUGGAAAUGUU